GUUCUUUCUUUGCUUACACACCACGGACCUAAGACCAGAAGCAAGUGCCACUAAUACUGUACUAAUAUUAAUCAAGUGUGCCGACACUUUGGGACCGGACCACGAUAAUCCCUGACCCAAGGAACCCAAGGUUAGGGGUACGGGAAGGGAGUCCAUCCACCCCAGUGGGUUGGAGCCCGGUGAGAUGGGACGAUUGUUGCACGCACAGUGAGCUGGGGCCUUCUGGACUGUGAAAACCAUUCCAACUUCAGUAAAGCUCUGCACAAGAAAGCCACCCCUCGCUUUAUAUUGACAGACCCCUUCAGCAGUCGCCUUGCGUCCAGCCCGCAUGGCAGACCAAGCUAGCGUGCCGCCAUUUCCAGACUUUUCUCGCCUAGCAACUCGCUCGAUAUUUUGUACAGUAGAGACUCGAAGGGACCGCCUGCCCGUCCGAUAAACGUUCCACCCUGCCGUCACCUUUUUUCGUGUUCUUUCCUGAUUGACACUUGCGACUUGACCUUUCCUGUCCUUCUUUUUGGGGCCGAAAAAAAUAAUAGUUAUUAUUAUUAUUAUUCUUAUUCUCUGUCCACGGCACCGUAUAUACCCUCCCUACCUUGAUUGGUACCAAACUCAAUCCAACUCAAAACCUUGCUUCAUCUACAAAAUCGAAAGGGUCGGCCCCACACUUUUUCCGUGUCGUUGACCUUUGCCAACCCGAGUCGCCCCGGAGGAGGUUCCUAACCUUACCCCGUCCCCCUCAUCCCGUAGGAAUCUUCUUCUUUUGAGAGGAAAUUUGUCCUCGUCGAUUAAGACUUCCACCGAUCAACACUAAAUCGUCGUCAACAAGCCUCGAAAUAACCGCUGCUUAGAGUCCGUGCCAAACACGGUAAAACGUCUGGCAUUUCUUCCCGCGAUUAUCACUCAUCUAUCUGUCUGUGCUCGGCGCUUCUUACCUGGAUUCGCAUUUCACCAAACAUACCUUAGCCGACAUCACCCACAGGCCAAAGCCACGCCAGCCAGCCAACUGCAAUCCAUCCACCAUCUGUUUAAAAAGAUCGCACCAUCGCCUCCACAACCGACUUCCGGCUUCGAAAAAUUACAUCCAUACAGGGCAGAAAAUCCAGAAUAUUGUUUGUUUGGCUGUUUGGCUGUUUGGUUGUUUGGACUGGCUCGGAAUUAGGUCAUCGACUUGGCAAAAAGAGUCUGCCCCUCAAACUGCGACUAGGGAUCGCUACUAUCUUAAACAGAUUCGAAUUGAUCCCAGAACGACAUUCUAUCACCCGCGGUCAUGAGCGCACAAGCGCAGUCGGGCUCACCUGCGGCCCGGGAGAAAGGGAAGACAGGGUUUGGCAAGAUGUUAUCCAGGAUGAAAACUGUACUGCGGAAGGAUAAGCAUCAAAGGUCUGCAGCUGUUGGUGCCCCCGGACAGUCAACGACCCUGGCAUCAUCCACUGUGCCUAUUCAGCCUACCACUAGUGCACCCGCUCAAACGGCCCUCGAAACUACAGCUACGCCAAAACAGAUUAAGCCAAAGCCUAAGGAGUUACCGGGCUCGGUCAAGAUCCCCCGUUUGCAGAUCCACGAGGAGCGCGCGCGGAAGUUGGGAGAGCGUUUUGGGGUAUCGAUCCAGCCAUCUGCUCGGGACCUGGCUGAGGGAUAUGCGUUGCGCAUCGACAAGCCCAUACGCAUGCGAGUCCGCAGGCAAUGUCAUAUGUGUCAAUCCAGCUUCGGGGCCGCCAAGGAGUGUCCUGCCUGCAAGCACACGUGGUGCACAGAGUGCACUCGCUAUCCCCCGUUCCGCACCGAGGAUGAGCUCGCCGCCAGCAGGGUGAGGCGCGCUGCGAUAAUCAAGGAGCAGCGUGAAAAGGCGCCCAUUGUUCCCGAUUACAAUCUAUUGGCGUGUGACCCCAAGCGCGGACCUACCGUUGUGCUGAAGAAGCCGAGUAAAACGGGUGGUCAGGAGCUGGUACACAAGAAACCCCGACAGCGGGUGCGACGACACUGCCAUGAAUGCGGCACGCUCUUCACUGGAGGAUCUAGGGAAUGCUCCCACUGUAAUCACGUCCGGUGCACUGAUUGUCCCCGUGACCCACCUAAAAAAGACAAAUACCCCUACGGCUACCCCGGGGAUGUCUUCGGGCCCAAUUCGAUUCCCUACUACGAAUGUCACUGUUGCCAUACACGGUUUCCGGCAUCUCCCCAGACAGGCGACGAAUGCAGCAAAUGCUCGCACAAAAAGUGCGACGAUUGUCCACGACUCAAGCCGCAGAAGGUCGAACCCGAGCCAGACCCCGCUAUUGUCAGGAGCAUCACAGCCAAGCUGGAGUCCGUUCGUCUCGAUACUUGAUUUUAAAAGCGACAGGAUGGUUUUUUCUUCAUUUUGUUUUUAUUUUGUACAUAUAUAUACCCAGCCUUGUAUACGCAUUUUGCGACGGAAAAGAAGCGAUCUCUUUGUUAACUUUGUUUGUUAUUCAUUUUUUCUUCAUUAUCAGUCACUCUGUCCACAUCCUUCAUGGCAUUUUUUUCUUCUUUUUGGCAAUCCUUGUAUACAUGUUGCUACUGUCUCGAUGCAUUUGCGUGUGUUCGCUUUUUUUUCUUCCCCCGAUGCCAGGGACAAGUGUUCUGUCCAAUUACGACGCUCCCUCCAAAACAAUUAUCACGAACAGACUUUAGCACUUUUCGACCGUCGAUUGGUGAAACUCUAUCCUAUCAUCAUUUUUUCGACUCCCUGUCAGCAUUGUUGUCCGGUCAAUUGAUGUCAUGGUUAGGACCCAGCUCCUUGGGUCGACCCAAAUUAUGUGCAGUUCCGGUAUCGAAAAAAUUAUGAUUCAGACUCAAACUGCCACGAGGACUCUCGGACGUCGGGUAUCCGACGCAAGCCCAACUGGCAGGGGCUUGCGCGCAGCCUCGAGCACGCUAUUGCAAAACAAAACGCCGCCGUGCGAUAGCUGAACGUGCGUUAGCUCCGUUUGGGGGGCUUGACAGGGAACUAGUUUUAGCGGUUCGUGAUUUGUGCGGAUUUUCCCAACCUGGCGUCCAAUGGAGCGUCGCUAUUUCUAGUAAAGGGAGGGGGAAGGAGAGCAAAAAGAAAAUGGAAGAAAAAAAAAAGAUAAGAGAAAAGUCAGAGUCUACUCCAUACAUACAAUAUCUGGUUUCAGUUGAAGAGGUGGUCGCUAGAACAUUUUCUUUCUUUUCUUUCUGCUACGCCGCAUACGCGCAUAUUCCCGAACCCAGCACCACGGAGCUGGAUGACUGAGCCACGAACGGCAGUUGGAAAGGAGAAGGGUGGUUAGAAAAGGGGGAAGACAGCAAGUGGUGUGGUGUGUAGGACAUGCGAGUAUGACAACCAAUUCAGGACUUUGAGGGUGGGAAAGUCAGGCCACUCUGACGGGUUGUUGAUCACUUCGUACCACAACAUUGAUUGGUCUUUUUGUAAUUGUUUCUUCAUUUAACCUAUUCCCGA